AUGGCGGAACCCUUGUCAGAUCCUAAAGCUACAGAGUCUACAGUUUUGCCUAACACUGUAGAUUCUUCAGCUGAUCAAACAUCAACCGAAAAAGUUGCGAACGCAGCAUCAAAUGCUAUGUUCACUGCCUCUUCAACAUUCGUAGGUGUUGCGGAUAAUAUGUUUUCUAUGUUUGGUGGGGGUGCCAAGAAAGAGAGAAAAGACGAUGAAGACCGUGGUGACAACUCUGGAAGUGCAAAAGCUAAGAGGGAAGCUGAAAAAGAAGCCGCCAAGGAAGAAAAUAAUGAGGAAAAAGAUGAAACUCCCGAGUCCGAAGAUGUCCAUUUUGAACCUGUAAUUCGUCUUACAGAAAAAGUGGAGACGAAAACAAAUGAGGAACUUGAGGAGCAGACUUUCAAGAUGCGUGCCAAAUUAUUCCGCUUCGUGAAAGAAAGUAAUGAAUGGAAAGAGCGUGGUACCGGCGACGUUCGCCUGCUCAAGCACAAAGAAAAUGGAAAAACUAGAUUAGUUAUGCGAAGAGAUAAGACUCUGAAGGUUUGCGCCAAUCACUAUGUUGUACCCGACAUGAAGCUUUCCCCGAAUGUGGGCAGCGAUAGAAGUUGGGUCUGGAAUGCUGCCGCAGAUGUGAGUGAAGGCGAACCAGAGGCGCAAACCUUGGCGAUUCGAUUCGCCAAUUCCGACAAUGCCAAUCUUUUUAAGGAGGCUUUCAUGAAAGCACAAAAAGAGAACGAGGUACUCUUCUCAAAAAUAGCAGAAGUUGAGGAAACAGCUGAAGAAAAAUCAUGA